GCCUCAUGUUGGGCGUUUGGGGCAGCCAUACCUUGUCCUCCUGCCGCCACGUCCUAAUCCUUGAAUCGCUCGCCUCGUAUAUCAAGGGCAAGGAUGGUGGUCGCUCUCCCGCAGGAAGUAUUGGAAGAUAUCGUUGAUAACCUAGACAGCGACAUAAGAGCACUGCGAACAUGCGCUCUGACAUGUCGUGCACUUCUUCCAAGAAGCCGCAAGCGUCUUCAUUCCAGGUUUACGAUUCGGUUCAAUACCAAGACCAAGGAACGGGUCAAGUUUUACACCGAACAUCCUGACCUCAUCGAUUUCGUGGACACACUUGAGGUUUACCGCCCGAAUGGACAAAAUGUCACGCACAUCUUACAGAACACCACGUUCCCACAAGUGCGCACUCUUAUUUUGCAUGAGUUGCGCAUGUGGAGCGGGGUUAGAGGCAUUGUCGAUUCCCUCCGAACGACCUAUUCUUCAAUUACAUCUCUCUCGUUGGAAAACAUCUCAUUCGAUGAAUCUAAUGCGUGGUUGGCGUUUGUGACUUCUUUUCGGUCACUCUCAAGCCUUACUUUGAGGCAAGUCAACGAGACACAACGACCUACGAAUCUCAAAGCAACUACGGGGAUCAAUUUGGCUCUCUUACCGAUUUCGCCAAGCCUUCAAUACUUGUCCGUGGACUGUAGUUCAGGUGUCGUGGCACUCGCCGAGUUCAUGAAACAGGCCAAGGUAUCACCGCCAGUUAGGACACUUGUGAUCAACUCGACCAACCGUCAUAAUGCGCAUGAGAUGUUUCUCACCUUGUUCAAGAAUACGGUCACUAGAAUAUCCAUUGCUGAGAAAUGGGGUCAAUUCAAAGAUUCGGACCAUGCAUUACGCGAAUGCCAUCAGCUACGUGAAGUGGCUGUUGGCUUCCAACUGCGUGAUGGAACGGUGCCAUGGGUUGAGAAUGUACUGACCUCAUUAAAUUCGCCUGAGUUACGUGAGCUACGCCUCAAAGUGACUAGUUCUGAGUUGCUGGUUCACCUUCGCGGGAAGAAAUCAUCAAAGUCGCUAUCUCAGAUAGACAAGGCUCUCGUUGGACUGUUGUUUCGUUCGCCCGGAGAGCUGAAGGUCUUCAUAGACAUCCCCGUGAGCCAUCGUCGGGUAGCUUCGCUAUCUGAGGUGACUACGCAAAUGCAGAAGCGUUUUCCCAAGUGCAUGGCUCGUGGGAUCCUCAACUUUCGCUACUUCUAACCGAGGUAUGACGACCUAGCAUUUUCUUAAUUACUCCGAUUCAUGAUCAAUCACAGGACUCUUGAUGUUUAACUCUGCAAUGGCUUGUCGUGUAGUCGCGUAACUUUUGCGCCCUCUCACUAAUCCAAAUAUUCGUUGACUGUAUACUCCUGUCGGCCCCUGACGAAGUUCCACUGAAAGCAAAUGAGGUUUUGUAGGUGUCAGUCUACUUUGACUUAGUUGACGUUGUAUUUUCCGAAAACAAAAGACCAGAGCUUGGCAAUCAGUCCAGGACGUGUUGGCCAUAGCCUCACAAUAGGUUCUCUUACGCAUCCCUCUAUGAUGACAAUACCCAGGCGACAGGGUGAGCAUGUUGUCGACCAUCUUGUAAUCGACCAUAAGGCUCUUCAGGCAUACGUUGUGACCUCUAGUGUCGAGCUGCGUGCUGAAAGUACUUGCAUGCAGUAUCCAGGUUUAAAAGUAAACGGAG